AAAUGUUGAAAGAGGGAAUUAUGCCUGAUAUUGUCCUAUAUACCAUUAUGAUACAUGGGUUGUCAAAAGAAGGUAGGGUUGGUGAAGCCGUUAAGUUAUUAGAUGAGAUUGUUCAGAGUGGACUUACUCCUGAUGCUUACUGUUACAAUGCAGUAAUCAAAGCAUUCUGUGAUAUUGGUCUUCUUGAUCGAGCUCUGUCUCUUCAACUUGAGAUCUCUGAGCAUGGUGAAUUUCCUAAUGCUUGCACUUACUCCAUUCUCAUCUGUGGCAUGUGUAGGAAUGGGCUGGUUGAGGAGGCGCAGCAAAUAUUUAAUCAGAUGGAGAAGCUAGGAUGUUUACCUUCCAUUGUUACCUUCAAUGCUCUUAUAAGUGGACUUUGCAAGGCUGGCCAGCUUGAGGAGGCACGCCUUAUGUUUUGCAAGAUGGAGAUUGGGAAAAGUCCUCUUUUGUUUCUUCGGCUUUCUCAAGGUAGCAAUAGGGCAGUAGGCAGCAUUGGACUCCGGAAAACUGUGGAGCAAAUGUGUGAAUCAGGACAAAUUUUGAAUGCCUACCAAUUGCUAAUUGAUAGUGGGGUUGUUCCAGACAUAACAACUUACAACAUUCUGAUUAAUGCUUAUUGCAAGGCUGGUAAUGUAGAUCGUGCACUUAAACUCUUUGAGCACCUAAAGCUCAAGGGGCUCUCCCCAGAUUCUGUUACUUAUGGGACGCUCAUUGAUGGGCUUUAUAGGGCUGAUAAAGAAGUGGAUGCCUUAAAGCUUUAUGAACAAAUGUUGGAAAAAGGAGGUGAACCUAGUUGUUCGGUUUAUAAAGCACUUAUGACUUGGUUAUGCAGGAAGCAAAGGGUUUCACUGGCUUUCAGUGUUUGGCUGCAGUAUUUAAAUAACCUUCCUGGUGGUCGGGUAGAUGAU